GCUCAGGCAGUGGCGGCGGCAGCAGGCUAGCCGCGGCCCCGCGAGGCCAUGAAGGUGAAGAAGGGCGGAGGUGGGAAUGGAACGGGACCGGAGUCCGUUCCAGGAGCCUCGGGCUCGAGCGUGGAACCCACGCCGGAGCCGCAGGCGGAAUCCGAAUCUGGGUCCGAGUCGGAGCCGGAGGCAGGCCCGGGGCCCAGGUCGGGGCCGCUGCCCGGAAAGCAGCCCAUCGCGCCGGAGGACGUGCUGGGGCUACAGCGCAUCACCGGCGACUACCUAUGCUCCCCUGAGGAGAAUAUCUACAAGAUCGACUUUGUCAGGUUCAAGAUCCGGGACAUGGACUCAGGCACUGUCCUCUUUGAAAUCAAGAAACCUCCCGCCUCAGAGCGGUUGCCCAUCAAUCGUGGAGACCUGGAUCCCAAUGCUGGACGCUUUGUCCGCUACCAGUUCACGCCUGCCUUCCUCCGCCUGAGGCAGGUGGGAGCCACGGUUGAGUUCACAGUGGGAGACAAGCCAGUCAACAACUUCCGAAUGAUUGAGAGGCACUACUUCCGCAACCAGCUACUCAAAAGCUUUGACUUCCAUUUUGGCUUCUGCAUCCCCAGCAGCAAGAACACAUGCGAGCACAUCUACGACUUCCCCCCUCUCUCUGAGGAGCUGAUCAGCGAGAUGAUCCGUCACCCAUAUGAGACACAGUCUGACAGCUUCUACUUCGUGGAUGACCGGCUGGUGAUGCACAAUAAAGCAGACUAUUCCUACAGUGGGACACCCUGACCCCCMAAACUACCCCCUAGUCCAGGAGGCCCUGAGCUGUGACUCUCCAGCAUCACCUCUCAACUCUAGAUCCUCUGCAUGGGGAGUGCUCCAGGAGGAACCCUCGACCCCAAGUCAGUGUUGAGAGAAAGGGUCACUGGUGUCCCCAGGCCUAGACCCUGAAGCCCAUGGGUUCUGGCACAUGGGGAGGGGUAGUAGUGGGGCUGUUUACCUCCAUGUCCAGAAGGGCCUCCUACAACAGGAGCAGCUAGGACUCCCAGACAGUCUAGCUCGGCCCUCUUGGGCCCAAGUUUCAGAAUAGUGUCCCCUGCUCCAGGCUGCGACUAGGUCAGGGAAAGGAUCUAUUCUCUGUUCCCUACCUGCCACUUGCAGGCCAUUUUGAGUUGUAAAUUCUCGAUGAUCUACAGUGGGUCUGGGCCCUAGCCCCAGUCCCAGCCUCUUCCAUCAGGGGCCAAGACACUGCCUAAGCUAUGGGAGGGACUGGCCCAGAUUGCAGCCUGUGGUAGGAGCUGGACCAAUUGUAUAUAGUUUUCAAUAAACUUUUUUCCUUUUCUGUUC